AUGCCGAGGUCCGGGGCAGCAUGGAGGCGGGAUGCCUUCUGGGGCUGCCGGGCAUCCGGGCAUAUAAAGAGGCACUGCCCCCUCAGAAGAACUGAGGAGAGGCUGGAGGAAGUGCCUGUAGACCCAGGAGGGUCAGGACUGGAGGUAGAGGUGGCAGCUGGGACAGAGGGGACCCCAAAGGAGGUAAGGACCCAGACCGUCGCCGGGACCGCCUUCACCCAGGAAACCCAGACAGACUGGGCCCAGCAGGAGGCCGGGACCCAGUUCCCCUUCGGAGGCUUCUCCUGUGCCCGGUUCUGCCAGGCCUUCACGGCAGGCUCCUUCCUUCCUGCUCCUGACCAGGCAGACGGCGACUCCCCCCAGAACACGGCGUUCUGUUCGUUCUGCCAGGCCUUCAUGGCAGGCUCCUUUCUUCCUGCUCCUGACCAGGCAGACGGCGACUCCCCCCAGAACACGGCGUUCUGUUUGGUGAGGAAAAAGACGCUCGACCCGAGCUGUUGUGAGUGGGAGCAGCAGGAGAUGAAUUCCUACUUCUGCCAGCCCAAGGAACAGCACAAAGACCAGGUCGCGCCACGACUGAUGAUGAAGAAGAAGCUGAAGUCAAAUCUUCAUUCAUUCCUCCCUCAGCUCGCUCGCUCCACCACCGGGGCACUGGCAGAGCUGGUCUGUUUCCCUGCAGGUCGGCUCUGCCAGGCGCCCAUCUAUCAGAUACAGGUCCCGUCCCGCGUCACGGCCCAGCAGGGUCUCUGCGUCCUGCUCCCCUGUAAUUUCACAGCCAACUUCAAAUCCUCCGGGGUCGCCUACAAAUACUGGUUCCUCAGGGACGACAAGGACACCAGCCCGGCCGUGGCCACCACAGAUCCUGACAGGACCCCGAGGGAGCCUGGGGGCCGGAUCCGCCUGGUGGGGAACGCCUCGGACGACUGCUCCCUGCUCAUCAGCGACGUGAGAGCCGGAGACAGGGACCGCUACUACUUCCGCUUUGUGAAGGGAGACUUUAAAUACAGCUACCAGGUGACCCACCCGCUGGUGGAUGUGACAGAGCUGAAGGAGCAGCCGGUGCUGGAGAUCCCCGAGGUACUGUUCUCUGGACAGCUGGUGAAUGUGACCUGCCAGGCUCCAGGGACCUGCUCUGGGACCCCUCCCCAUAUCACCUGGACAGGGGGGUUCAACUACACAGCCAGGAACGUCUCGGUCACCCUGGCAAACGGCAGCAUCUCCUAUAGCUCGGAGCUCAGCUUCACGCCAGCCCCGGGGGAUGAUGGCAAAGAGCUCAUCUGCACCGUCACGUACCCCGCCGUAGUUGGGGUCUGCACCCGCAGAUCUGUCCGGCUCCAGGUCGACUCGGGCUUCUCCCGGACACUCGUGGUGCCCUUGGCGGUUUGUGGGAGCCUCGUGCUGGUUGGUGCCGGGGCUGCAGUGGCCUGGAAAGUUGUGAAGGGAAGGCAGGGCAGCAGGGGCCCCGCCAGGGCCGGACGAUGCCAAGGGACUGGAGACGGGCAGGUCUCUCACUCCUCCGAGCAGCAAGCGUCUACGGCGCCCUCCCACAGACAGGACGCCACCAGGGAAGGGGGAGCCCUUGAGAAGAAAGGGAGAGCAGGAGGAGGAAGAGGAGGAGGAAGAUGCUACAGGGAGAGAGGCGACGGGGAACAAUUCACAGAGGAACACAUCUAUGUCAACAUCUAAAGCCAGAGAGGGGGACAGGGUCACUGCAGGGAGUGAGCUAAAGAGAGACUGGUGUCAGCGGUGGGAUAGCCGGCCUGCCUUGUGGCUAAGGUGCUAGCCUGGGACGCCGGAAGCCUGGGUUCUAUUCUCAGCUCUGCUACGGAAUGGCUGUGUGACCCUGGGCAAGUCCCCGCCCCCCUCUGUGCCUCAGUUUCUCAGCUGUAACAUGGGGAGUACAUCACUGCAUUUGGCUACUUACACUGUGAACUUGUUGGAGAUGGUCUCUCGCUGUGUGUGGGCAGCGCCUGGCCCCGGGGGGGUCCGUGAUCUCAGCUGGGGCAGGGACUGUCCUGGGCUGUGUCUGUGUCACGCCCCCGCACUUCCCUCCCAUCUCAGCGGGGGGCCACUCUGCUAAUACCCUUGAGAGGCAGCUACUGCUCCAGACAGAGUUCUGUGGAGCAGGUCGGCCUGUGUUAACCCUUUCACUGCUGCAGCUAAAUAAAAGCCAU